AUGAAGACCGCCGCCCUCGCCUCCGCCGUCUUCAUCGCGGCCGCCGCCGCCCAGCCUCGCGGCCACGGCCACCAGCACAAGCAUGCUGCCCGCAACGUCGUCACCCAGGUCGAGUGGGUGACGCAGACCGAGUACGUGACCGAGUACAUCGACGCCACCACCACCGUCGUCGUCGGCCCCGGCCAUCAGGCCGAGCCCACCACCACGAGCGUCAAGCCCAACUUCUUCGAGCCGCCUUCCUCGUCUGCUCCCGCCCCUGCGCCUUCGUCGUCCUCGGCUGCUGCUCCCCCGCCGCCGCCCCCGGCCCCUACCACGCCUACCACCACGUCGGUCUACACGCCUCCUCCUCCUCCCCCGCCUCCGUCUACCCCCAAGGCUGAGCCGACCACCGCCUCGGUGGUCGCGGCGCCGCCUCCUCAGGUCCAGCCUAGCAGCAGCCCGUCCUCGGAGCCUGCUCCCUUGCCGUCGCCUACGCCCAGCAACGGCGGCGGCUCCGGAUCCUACUCUGGCGACAUCACCUACUACGCUGUAGGCCUGGGUUCGUGCGGUGGCGACGAUGCCGGCCAGGACCACACUAAGAACAUUGUCGCGCUCUCCGCCUCGCUGUAUGAAACCCUCGCCAAGCAGCACAUCAACCCCUGCGGGAGCACGAUCUCUAUCACGGCGAAUGGCAAGACCGUCAGCGGCACUGUUCGCGACAAGUGCCCCUCUUGCGCCGAGGGCAGCAUCGACGUCAGCGAGAAGGCGUUCGUCGAGCUUUUCGGCAGCACUGGAGUCGGCCGCAGCAAGGUUACUUGGUCCUUCAACUAA